AUGGUGGUGGAUGCAUUAGUUGAAGACGAUGAGUUUGGAGUGUUGGCGGCGGAAGAGAUGAAUGCAUAUGCAUGCUGGAAAAGGAGAAACAUAAAGAAGCGGAUGUGUGUGACGAAAAAGAAACAAAACAGCGUUCAAUCGAAGAAUUCUAUCGGUCCGAGGGCUACCGUAAAUGCGCCGACGCCGGCGAUCACACCGGUCACUCAAUCGACUACGGCUCAAUCCGGUACGAAAGGAAGCAAGUCAAAAUUGGUGCCAGUCGAUGCUAAGGAUCCACAAAACGGAAAACCCGCGUCGCCAGGAUUUAUCCGAAAUCUAUUCCAGAAGAGUAAGAUGAAGCAAGUGAGCGAAAAUGAGAAGAAAUCGGAGAAGCAGGAGGAGAAAGUAUCCCAUAUAAAGAAAAUAACUGAAAGAGCCACCACAGUGGGUCGUGGACCACCCGUAGAUCCACCCGUGAAACGCGACGCGAAACGAGUGCCAGAUGGCUUCAAAUCUGCCAAAGACUCUAAAUACGUGACACUUCAAGAGCUGGUUCCAGUCUUUGAGAAGGCGACGUUGAAGGGAUUCAAUGAUAGAGGCGGCAGUAAUGAGAAGACACUGAAAGUCGAACCAACUCAACCGUCGUCUGGAGACGACCAGAAGAAGAAGAAGAGCGGGGAGAAAUCGAGUGGGGAAGGCAUCAAAGAGUGA